UUUAAAAUCGACAUCCUCGCAUAAAUCCGAUGUUCAUUCGACAGAUGUUCAGUUUUGCUAAGCGACUGAGUUGCUACUAUCUAGGAGAAGGUUAGAAGAAGGAGUAACUUAUAGUGUAUUUCAAUUAUAGUUGCAUUCUCCAGUUCAAGGAAAAUUCAUUGAUCAACACAAAACAAAGCCCAGUUCUUGAGAAUUGUUGAUUAGAUUAAAUGGUUUGGGUGAUCAUUGCUUACACCAAAACAAUCGUCUCUUGUACGAUCGUGACUUACUCUCAUAUUUUAUAACCGCACAAUCGUACAAUCAUUUGUUGUGUCAAUAACGGCAAGGGCUCGCCAAUCAAAGGGCCUGCUGAGGGAUUAUCUCAGACGAAAUGGUAUAAAAGAACAUGAGAGUGAUCUUGCUUGGGAAGAUCUCGUCUGUAACUCUCCCAGCAUAGACGCUAUCAGUGCAUUUCAGUGCAGAUUGCAGACCGGACAAAUUACUACGAACGAUCGUGUGUGCUGCAGUUAUCGCUUGAAGAUGCGGUGGCAAGUUGGUGCUUUCUUCAUUCUGCUUGUUACCUUCGGAGAUCCUGCAAAGGGCCAUGCUAUUAAAGGAAUAGAGUCCGACGAGAGUUGGGAUGUACCCAACUCAAACGCAAACACACCUCCAAACGCUAGCUGUACCGGCGAGUGCGUGCCGUACUAUCUUUGCAAAGACAACAAGAUCAUCAAGAACGGUAGAGGUGUGAUAGAUAUUCGAGUUAAUGCUGAACCUGAAUGCCCUCACUAUUUGGAAACAUGCUGUAAUGCACGCUCCAUGCUAGAUGGACCUCCACCGGGCGUAAUCAAACCAUUGGGACGCACCGAGCAGGUCCGUCCGACCUGUGGCUUGCGCAAUAAAAAUGGGCUCGGUUUUAGCGUGACCGGUGUCAAGGACGGUGAAUCCCAUUACGGUGAGUUCCCUUGGAUGGUGGCCGUAAUGCUAUCAAGUCCAAUGGACAAUAGCGACAGUAUCUUGAAUGUAUACCAGUGCGGUGGUUCAGUGAUCGCUCCGAACGUUGUCCUGACGGCGGCACACUGUGUGUUUAACAAGCCGAAAAAGCAGCUGCUGCUUCGGGCCGGCGAAUGGGACACACAAACAGAACAUGAGCUAUACAUGCAUCAGAACCGUCGAGUUGCUGAGGUCAUCUUACAUGAGGCGUUUGACAACGAAUCAUUGGCGAACGAUGUGGCGCUGCUGAUACUCACCGAGCCGUUCUUGCUGGGAGAAAACGUGCAGCCGAUCUGUCUGCCGCCGAGUGGAACAUCGUUCGACUAUCAGCACUGUUUCGCUUCCGGCUGGGGUAAGGAUCAGUUUGGCAAGGAGGGCAAGUACCAGGUGAUACUGAAGAAGGUCGAGCUGCCGGUCGUACCGCACGCUAAAUGUCAAGAGACAAUGCGAUCUCAACGGGUUGGCAAUUGGUUUGUGCUGGACCAGAGCUUCCUGUGUGCCGGUGGCGUGGCCGGGCAGGAUAUGUGCCGUGGUGAUGGAGGAUCUCCGCUGGUGUGCCCGGUUCCGGGAUCGCAAACCCACUACUAUCAAGCGGGUAUCGUGGCGUGGGGACUCGGGUGCGGCGAGGAUGGCAUCCCCGGCGUGUACGGUAAUGUGGCGUUCCUCCGCGAUUGGAUCGAUCAGCAGUUGGUUGAGAAUAGUAUUCUAGCACGGGAUUACUACACAUUCCAAGCUAGCUGCACCGGCGAGUGUACGAUGUACUACCUAUGCAAGAACAAUAAGAUCGUGACGAACGGUGCCGGAGCGAUUGGUAUACGCGUCGGCGUCAACGAACCGGAAUGUUCUAACCCGAUGCAUGUUUGCUGUGAGAAAAGAUCUAAGCUCGAUGUUCCCUCACCGGGCGCCAGUAAACCAAGUGAAAGUAAAUUUGUACUCGAUGUUCCUUCACCGGGCGCCAGCGAACCAAGUGACAGUAAAUUUGUACACGAUGUUCCUUCACCGGGCGCCAGCAAACCAAGUGAUAGAAAAUUUGUACACGAUGUUCCUUCACCGGGCGCCAGCAAACCAAGUGAUAGAAAAUUUGUACACGAUGUUCCCUCACCGGGCGCCAGUAAACCAAGUGAAAGUAAAUUUGUACUCGAUGUUCCUUCACCGGGCGCCAGCGAACCAAGUGACAGUAAAUUUGUACACGAUGUUCCUUCACCGGGCGCCAGCAAACCAAGUGAUAGAAAAUUUGUACACGAUGUUCCUUCACCGGGCGCCAGCAAACCAAGUGAUAGAAAAUUUGUACACGAUGUUCCUUCACCGGGCGCCAGCAAACCAAGUUUGCUUGACGUUUUUUCACUAGACGAUAGCGAAUCAAGUGACAGUGAAGAAGAAAGCUGUGGUACUCGUAAUGACCAUGGCAUUGGUUUCGAUGCUACACAUUUUCCAUGGUUGGUGAGCGUCUUCCACGACAAACACGAUAGCUUUUCCCUCAUAUGCGGAGCCUCGUUGAUCACCCCGCACGCUGUCCUAACAGCGGGCCGCUGCGUGUUCAACAUGCCCAAGGAGAAACUGUUGCUUCGUGCCGGCGAAUGGACCUCCCAGGAUAAAGAACUUCGGCAGUACCAGGAGCGCCGAGUAGCUGACAUAAUGACAUAUGAAGAAUACAAUGACCGCACAUUUUCUAAUAAUGUGGCCCUGCUGAACCUUACCGAACCGUUCCAGCGGACAGGGAACGUGCAACCGAUCUGCCUUCCUCCAAUACCAGCAUCGAUUGAUGCUUACCGAUGUUUCACUGUAGCUUUUGAUGAGCAUCUGUCCUAUAAGUAUGGCAGCGUACAAUUGAAUGUGAAUAUGGCACAUAUUCCGGUAAUGCUAUUUGGUUUCUGCAGACAUUCGGGGCCAGGACCGUCAAGCUAUCUGUGUGCUAGGGGCAAUCUUGGACCAAAUGUAUGUCGUGCGAUUACUGGAACGCCACUCGUGUGUCCUAUGCCCGGCUCGCCAAACCACUACUAUCAGGCAGGCAUUGUUUCUUGGGGCGUCGGGUGCGAUACGUACGGUGUUCCUAGUGUGUACGGCAAUGUGGCGUCGUUCCGCUACUGGAUCGAGCAGGCGUUGUAUGAGCUGAACAACAAACCCAAACCGAAAGAAAUGUUCCGUUAUUUCUAAAGUGCGGCCUGUGGUCGCAAGCAACCCUAAAGUUCACUGUUGAAAUACACUGCCGCGAGCUUCUACAGCCGCACCGCUCAA